AGUGAACUGCUCUUCCUAUUACUGCUGUCUAGUGACUAAACCAGAAAUCGAGAGGAUGAGAAACGAAAGGAACACGUUUGACGCACGGUUUAUAAAUGGAUAUGAGCAGUAAAUGACACAGAUUCUGCGGUUCGGAUCCAGUUGUGCGCGCAAUGGGAGCGUCGCCCGUGCGGGCGGCAGUUUGAUAAAACAGCGACUUCUCUAAGUUUUAUAUGUUGGUGGCUGAAGACGAUUCAAGAUGAAGAAACAGUUCAACCGCAUGAAACAGCUCGCCAACCAGACCGUUGGCAGAGCAGAGAAGACAGAAGUACUGAGUGACGACCUUCUUAUGAUUGAGCGGCGCCUUGAAAAUGUGCGACUGGUCUCUCAUAAUGCGCACAAGAGGAUGGUCAUGUGUCUGCAGGGUAACGUGGGCUCAGAUGUGGAGAAGAGACAUAAAAAGCUUCCUCUCACAGCCCUUUCACAAUCCAUGCUGGAUGGAGGAAGUCAGCUCGGAGACGAGUCCUUCAUCGGGAAGAUGAUGGAAGUGUGUGGAGAAGCUGAAAGCAAACUGGCCUUUGAGCAGAGCCAACAUGAAGUUCAGCUGGAGAGAGAUAUUCUAGAGCCUCUCAACCAGCUGGCGGAGGUGGAUAUUCCUAACCUUUUGAAGCAGAGGAAACAUUUAGCCAAGCUUGUGUUGGAUUUUGAUUCUGUAAAAGCCAGGUAUCAGCAGGCCACAAAGGCGUAUCCAUCAGCUGCAAAUGCUCAAGCAAUGGCUGCCAAAGUUGACACACUUAAAGAGGAGAUGGAUGAAGCUCAGAACAAAAUGGAAAUAUGCAAGGAUCAACUGGCAGCAGACAUGUACAACUUUUCCUCCAAGGAAGGAGAAUAUGCUUGCUAUUAUGUGUUGUUGUUAGAAGCUCAAGCUGAAUACCACAGAAGAGCUUUGGCGUCCAUCGAGAGUGUCCUGCCCAGCAUACAGUCCCAGCAAGAUAAAUGGACAGAGAAGCCAGCGUUUGGCACGGCUCUGGAAGAACAUCUGAAACGCACUAGCAGAGAGAUCGCUCUGCCCAUAGAGGCCUGCAUUAUGAUGCUACUGGAAACCGGCAUGCAGGAAGAGGGUUUGUUCCGUAUCGCUGCUGGAGCCUCUAAACUGAAGAAGUUAAAGGCGGCACUGGACUGUUCCACUUCCCAACUGGAGGAGUUUUACUUCGACCCUCAUGCUGUAGCCGGAGCCCUCAAAUCUUACCUGAGGGAGCUGCCUGAACCUCUGAUGACCUAUCAGCUGUAUGAAGAGUGGAUCCAAGCCUCAAAUAUCUCUGACCCUGAUAAGAGGCUUCAGGCGUUGUGGGUGGUAUGUGACAUGUUACCAAAGGCCAACAAGACCAACUUUAGGUACCUGGUGAAGUUUCUUGCGAAGCUUGCUCUGGAAAGUGACAUAAAUAAGAUGACAGCGAGCAACAUCGCCAUCGUACUGGGACCCAAUUUACUGUGGGCCAGGACAGAGGGAAGCCUUGCUGAGAUGGCAGCUACUACCUCCGUCCAUGUCGUGUCUAUAAUAGAACUGAUAAUCAACCAUGCAAGCUGGUUCUUCCCUGAAGACGUGGACUUCAACGUUUCAGGCAUGUUUGCUAUGCCUGGGUGCCCAGGGACCCCUGACUCAGAAUCUGGAACCAUAGACAGGAGGCGCCCAGGCAGCCAGGGGUCGCUCGAAUCUGACACACCCCGCAAAGACAGCCCUGCUAACAAACAGCCGGAAAUCGCCCCUCGUAGAGCUGGCACAAUAAAUAAAAAGCAGCACUCCAUGCCUAACUUCCAGCCCCCUCUCCCUCCCAUUGACGCCGGGGGGCUUCCCGUGUUUGAGCUCUCCCCUCUGUUGCCCACUGGCGGGGGUCUGGAGGCUGGGCAGGCGGGAGCUGCGCUUCCUCAGACCCAUCAGCCUUUAGUUCAGCAGACUGCGGAGAACAGUUACAUCACCCGAGAUCCUGCAUCCACACCCCCUGCCAUGAGGAACGGCCCGGGAGGUUCGAGCGGGACGCCCGCUCAGCUGAAUGUGGGGACCCUGACCUCCGGUCCUAAGGGCCCCAGUCCAUUCAUGACACGCAGAGGUACAAAGAAACAAGCGCCACCACCUCCCAAACAGGCCGCCCCUCCCACACCUCAGAGCUUAAAAGCGGCUCCUAACCAGCCCUUAGCCCUGAGCUCCCCUCAGUCUCUCAUUGCAUCCCGUCGCAACAACCAGACCCCCAUCCAGGCCCCCAGCCACCCUCCUCCUCAACCUCCUUCCCAGAGCACAGAUGAAGCCGAACCGUCCCCUCCCAGAACGCCCACCCCUCCUGGGACACCUCCUUACGACGGCUCCCAGCCACGCCCCAGGCCCACCCCUCGAGCGCGACCCAAACCCAGCGGCCCGCCACCACCCCAACCAACUAGCGACGGUGCCAAUGGUGUCUGUGUUUCUGGCUCCAAGAUUAUCUCAGAUGGAGAUGGAGAUGGAGAGGAGAGAUCUUUGAUGGGACUAGGGCUGGAUCUUGUCCCGGAGCUUGAGGAAGAUGAAACCACAGAAACACUCCCAGAAGAUGAACACCAAUCAGAAAACACCGCCCUGUGAGGUGGGCGGAGUCCAGUCUUCACACAGCCAAUGGAAAGCUAUGUUCGUAAUGGAAUACUAGCAUACUUGUUGUAUAGUUUACUAUUGUUUUUAAGGAUGUGAAAGUAUUCAAUAUGAUAAAACAUUUUAAACAUGACCUCAGUUACCUUAUGAGUAAAUAUAGAUAUUAAGCAUUCAGAUUUAAGUAAAAAAACAUUUUUAACUUUUGUGAGAAUGAUCAAAUAAGGAGUCAUCGCAGUUGCUUCUGGUUCAAAAGUCACACUGGAAAUGGAAGGUCAAGUCGAUGCAUUGCAUUGUGGGAUAUGGUACCCAGCACAGUGUGCGAUUAUAGUAGGUCAUCUGGGUAUUCUAAGCAUACAGAAAAUGUGUAUGGCAUCAUGCAAAGUAUACAUACAGCACAAGUAGUGAACGUAGUAUGGUAGUAUGCUAUUCCGAACAUAGCCAUUCACUUUAACCUUUGACCCCUACAGAAAACAAUACAUUUACACAAUCUCUCUGUCCUCACAAUGCUGGCACAUUGUAACCAUAUACCAGGGGGGAAAAAAACAGUACGCACAUGUAAACAUGCUAUACAAUCUUGAUUUCAUUCACAAAUGGCAUAAAGCUGGUUUGGGUUCUAAUCAAAUAUGAAUGUCUUUUGAGUUUUGUGAUGUUUUGCAUAACAAGUGUUAUAUAUAGUGCCUUGAAAACCCAUAAAUCAAAUCACUGAGUUUGUGUGACUGAUGUCUUUUUGUUGGUUAUCAUGGUGAAUGUCCUUUAUUCAAAUGUAUUUUAAUCAUUCCUUUUGUCUUUUAAUACUUCUUUUAAGAUUGGACAAAAAUUGGAUUUAAAAAAAGACAAUUCAAAAAUAAUGGUUAUACAGAUACAAUUGAUUUACUACAUGCAAAAAUAUGAUUUGUACUUUGAAGUAUUUUUUCCUGGGGUGCAAUACUGACUGCAAUGUAGUGUUAUGACAUUACAGUCGUUUUUUGUAUUAGUUUAGUAGUUUUUAACAAUUGUAAUUAUGUUUUACAGGGUUUACUUUAGUGGAGUAUGUACUACCGAGUACCAUUAUCAAUUUACUCAUCCACUGUUGUCCAUUAAAAUAAACCCUGCACAUACUAUUAUGAAAUACUUCAUUCUCAAAAUGAUCAAAGAUGCUUUUUUUUUUUUAAGUGUAUGAUCCUGUGUCAGAGCUUUAGGGGGUUGUUUCGUGUUGUAUGUGAUGCACAACAUUAAUGUGAAUGAAAGGGCUAAUGGCUCAGUCAAGCUCAGGAACAUUCAUUCCUUUCAUGAAUGAGUAUGUGUCUUUAUUUCUGUGGAUAUGUUAUCUUGAAUGGGCUUUCUUAAUUGUACAUAUUGAUUUUUUUUUUUCUGUUUCACCCCCUUUUGUACACGUGUGUGUGCACAUUUCCUCCAUCUGAAUUCUCGUUCGUCACGUUCUCCAGUGCCUCGGAUGAACAAAUGUUGUACAAAUUCAUUUUUUCAACACCGUAGCUGUUUUCUGAUUAUAUAUCUAAUAAAAUGCUUAAUUGCAG